AUCCCACAUGGGAGCUCCGGUCAAAAGUAGUGGAGCAAUAAGCACAUGGCCUUUUCAGAGCUCUGCAGCUUGAUUGGGUAUGUUUUGUUGCUCUGCACGUUUUUGAGAGAGAGAACCACACACAUACAGCAUAUGAGAGAGCGAGAAAAAUAAAGACAAAUACGAGGUGUGAAGAAGGGAGAGAAUCAGGAAAGGAACAGAAGGAGCGUGCCGUUGAGCUUUGUUGCUAUAGACACACGAGGACGAUUACUAGAAGAGAAUCUGACAGUAUUUCCGGGUCAAGGAGCAGUGCAGCACUGGUGUACACACGUUUCUACGUGAGUCUUAAAAACGGCUUUUCAUGACGAAGUGGUUUUCGUGUCCGAGAAGACAGGAAGGUACAACACCGUGGAAAAGGUCUUUAUUGAUCAGGCUCAACGUCUGGCCCUACAGAGGGAGAUAGACAAGGAGUCCCAGUCCACGGUUUCAGUCAGAUCACUGAUGGUCCAGGCCGACACAGGCAACAGGAACGUUACCAUGAAGAAGACAAACAAGAACAAGAAGAGUGGGAAGGACACCCACGUUGAGGAAGAGAUCUCAGAAAACACUUCCAUAAACCAGGGGAAUAGCGAAGGAGUGAAGAAGAAAAAGAAGACGAAAGUAGAGACUCUGGUAGAAGAGCAGGUUUCAUCCAAUGGGGAAUGGGGGAAUACGGAAGGAGAGCAGGAGAAACAGAAAGGAAAGAAGAAGAAGUUGUCGUCUGGGACUGACACCAACGGUGAGGAAGUCAUGACUAAUGGAAAUGACAGAGGAGGGUGCGGCCAGGAGAAGAAGAAGCAGAAAGGUGUUAAAACGGAGCUACAGACAGAACACAGUGGAUUAAAGGAUGAGAAAGGAGUAGUGGAAAAUGGGCAGAAGCUGAAAAAAAAGAAGCUCUCUCAGGCAGAAGAGACAGAGAUCAGCGUUGUCAAGGUAGAGGAAGGAGGGGUGAUAGAAAUAAAGAAAGGCAAGAAAGAGAAGGGAAAAACAGAGGAAGAAAAAGUGAAAAAGAUCCCUAAAGCUGCUGAACCAACUGAGAGUCAGGAGGAGGAAGAGGGGGAGACGAAGAAGAGAAAGAAGGGUGAGAGAGCAGUCGCUGAGAAAAGAGAGACAAAGGAGAAAGAAGUGGUAGUAAAGAAGAAGAAGGGAGCUGAGGCUACAGUAGCAGUACAGCAGGAGGAACAGAAUAACACCAAGAAGAAGAAGGGAGCUGAGGCUACAGCAGCAGUACAGCAGGAGGAACAGAAUAACACCAAGAAGAAUAAACCCAAGUCCUCCAGCAGCGCUGCAGACACCACCAUGGACACGGAGACGGAGAGAAAGGAGGAGGGCAAGAAGAAGAAGAGAAAGGCCUCUGCACUAACAGAGGAGGAGGAUGUGUUGGACAAGCGGAAGCCCAAACAUAUGAAAAGGGUGGACAUGAAAGGAGUAGUGGAACAGGUGGAGGACGGAGAGAGCGAGGGAAGGAAAAAGAAGGUGAAGAAGAGCUCCUCUGAGGUAGAGACAGAAAUGGAGGACAGCACCCCUCACCAGAAAGGGAAGAAGGUUAUGACGAAGGGGAAAAAGAAGAUAAAGGUGGAGAGCUGUGACCCUGAAUACCAGGAGAGGGACCAGACGGAUGUGGUUUUCCUGUCAGAGACCAGGGGAAACGCCUUCGAGAUCAAUAUUGAUCAGGGGAGACGCCUGGCCCUGCAGAAUGAGAUCGACCAGAAGUCCAAUCCAGUCCAACUCAAAGCAGCACCGGUACCAUCGGGUUUGGGCCAGUGGGGCACUGCCCAGUUUGACAGUUCCGACCAACAUAGUAAGUUCCUGCGGUUGAUGGGCGGCUUAAAGAAGAGCGGGCAGCCAAUAGCAGCGAGCGGUGCGACGGGAGGGCGGGCCAACAUGGCGCUGACUAAAGACGGACAGCAGAGCUUGCAGCAAGGCUUACUGGGGGAGUUUGAGCGAGCUCAGUCGCGCCGCAUGGACUUCACGGGAAGGGGGGCGGGACUUGGGUUCUCGGCGCCGUCCAAUAAGAAGUUCUCAAUUGACAUCAACACAACCCGAUCGGUGCGCUUCGAUGACUGAGUCGGGACGGACCCUUGAGUGUGUGUGUGUGUACCUUUUCUCUUGCAGGGUCUUGGGAGUGUCUGUCGGUGAAUGUGGUGUGUAUGAAUAUAUACGGUACCAGUCAGAAGUUUGGACACACCUACUCAUUACAGGGUUUUUCUAUAUUUUUACUACAUUGUAGAAUAAUAGUGAAGACAUCAAAACUAUGAAAUAACACAUGGAAUCAUGUACUAACCAAAAAAAGUGUUAAAUCAAAAUAUAUUUUAUAUUUGAGAUUCUUCAAAGUAGCCACCCUUUGCCUUGAUGACAGAUUUGCACACUCUUGGCAAAUAUAUUUUGAUUUGAUAUUUAGACUUUUUUUUGGUUACUACAUGAUUCCAUAUGUGUUAUUUCAUAGUUUUGAUGUCUUCACUAUCAUUCUACAAUGUAGAAAACAGUCAAAAUAAAGAAAAAUCCACAAAUGAGGUGUGUCCAAACUUUUGACUGGUAACAAAAAUAUAAAUGCAACAAUUUCAAUGAUUUUAACGAGUUACAGUUAUAAAGAAAUCAGAAAUAAAUCCAUUAGGCCCUAAUCUAUAGAUCUCACAUGACUGGGCAGGGUGCAGCCAUGGAUGGGUCUGUGAGGGCAUAGGCUCACCCACUGGGGAGCCAGGUCCAGCCAAUCAGAAAAGGCCACAAAAAAGGUUUUAUUACAGACAGAAACACUGUUUUAUCAGCUGUCCGGGUGGAUGGUCUGACGAUCCGGCUUGGUUACACGAGGUCUGUGGUUGUGAGGCCCUUUGGACGUGCUGCCAAAUUCCCGAAAAUGACAUUGGAGGCAGCUUAUGGUAGAGAAAUGAACAUUCAAAUCUUUGGCAACAGCUCUGGUGGACAUUCCUGCAGUCAGGAUACCAAUUGCACACGCCCUCAGAACUUCAUCUGUGGCAUUGUGUUGUGACAAACCUGCACGUUUUAGAGUGGCCUUUUGUCCCCAGCACAAGGUGCAUCUGUGUAAUGAUCAUGUGGUUUAAUCCGCUUCUUGAUAUGCCACACCUGUCAGGUGGAUGGAUUGUCUUGGCAAAGGAGAAAUGCUCACUAACAUGGAUGUAAACGUAUGUGUGCACAAUGAGAGAAAUAACAUGUGUGUGUGUGUAUAUGGAAUAUUUCUGGGAUCUUUUAUUUCAGCUCAUGAAACAUGGGACCAACACAUUCAUAUUGUUCAGUGUAUAGGAGUACUGUAUGACAUAAAGCUGCUGACAUUGACCUGAAAGCUGCACCUAUCCACCUGUGGUAUCAAUGAGAGCAGAGCUGUGUGUCUGCCUUCUGACUGGUCCAGUAUGUGAUGCUUCCUGGCUGUAUGAUAAGGUUAGCGUCCUGAAUGGCACCCUACAUAGUGCACUACUUUUGACCAGCGGCCCUGUAGUGCACUACUUUUGACCAGCGGCCCUGUAGUGCAUUACUUUUGACCAGCAGCCCUGUAGUGGUCCCUGCUCAGGCCUGCAGGUACUCAGGUUGCACCCUGGCCACCUUGCGGAUAGUCUAGUACGGUCAAAUGCCUUAACUGAACAUGACAUGAUAGAUAACUGGCAGUUGAUAAGCUGUCAAUUAGACAUUUAAACAGCAUAGAAUUGUUUACACACAGUCAACAAGUGGACAUUAUGAAUGAUGCUCAGUUGGGGCUCUUAUAUAAAGGAUUUCAUAAAAAUAAAAAGACAUCUUUAAAAUGAA